GGCAGCGUUCGUCUGUCGCGUGUUUCGUUUCUAAGGCCUCUUUUUGGUUACUCUACAACUUCCGUCCUCUCCUUCUGCUCUACGUUCUCUUACAAAUGUCCCGGUCGUUUUGAACGCCGAACCAGCCGUUUCCACGUCGUAUAAUUUCAACGGUUCCCCUGCCAAACUACGCCAACGGAAGCGAAACAGUGACGUUUUUUGCGAUGACGCCGGUUCUGAGAGUGGCUUCCGCCUGAGAGAACGCGACUCGUACCAUGCGAACAGGUUUAACGCGUUAUGACAAGAAAAACAAAACGCCUGCAUCUACCGAAGACGAUUCUUAUAUCUCUUCGGAGCUCGAUUUACUAAAUCCAAGGUACGAUGUUUUUCCGAUAAGAAAGGUGAAAUAAAGUUAUUAAUUGACUUUGAUCGUUAGGGUUACAAGAUCGAGACACGAGGUUUGUGCCUCGAAGGACACGAGAAAGAAUUUGUUAAAUCUUUUCGAGGCGUCUUCGAGAAAUUCUGAUCACUGUCGCUGUUCCGUGAAAUCUGACCACGUCGACAAAAAAUUACUAUCUGAAAAAGUAAGUAAAGACACAACGAGCCAUCGUGAAUCGAGUUCUCAACAUCUUCCAGGUUAUCGUCAGCAGAGAAAGUAUGAGACCCAGGUAACUUUCGUUACGGAGAAGUGUUUCAGCAGCGGUGAGGAUCUUAACGGGAAAUCCCUCGUGAAACUUUGGGGUGGAAAAAGCACGCCACGAAUAAUCCGUGCGAUUCGUCGGAACAGCAGAAAAUCGACUCUGCGAAUUUGAUCGUUCCCAAGGCCCGAGAGCGCGCAAACUCGACGCGUCUCGAGCCGCUGCCCCUGAUUCCAUGUAUCUCUUCCUCUUCGCGUUAUUCCUGUUCGCCUACCUGUUCCUUAGCAAGGAACGCGACAAUUUACGAGUAACUGGAAGCGGGGCCAGCAGCUCGACGAACAGCCAGACCUGCGGAAAGCACGCUACCGAGAUCCUCGCGAAGGGGCGGUAAU